AUGCUGCAGAUUGACGCAGCCGCGGAGGUAGGCAUCGCUCUGAAGAAUGCAGCUUGCGGCUGCAACGCCACGCUCAGUGUAGAUGGUGCAUUGUCUGGCAGAGGUGUAUCCUCAGCACUGCUGUCCCUCGAGGGCUGUGCAGACGAGGCCCUGCAGAUUUCGCAUGUGCGCUUUGAAGCGAAGGCAGCGGCUGUGGCAAAGGCACGCUCCCACACAUUGCUGAACAAUAUCACCGUAGAGUACCUGCAGCCUGUUGCAGACAAGACUCCGAUCCUGGUGUCGCCGAGCUUCCGAGCAGAUGCGGUGGAGAUUUCUUGCGCCCAGUGCGACAAUGGCGUCACCUUCCAUGAAGAAAGCGGCCUCUAUGCGGUCAGUAGCUCGAUGCUCAACUGCCAGCGUCAGGCCAGUUUGGUUAGCGGGCGCACGGAUGUCUGCGAUUGCGAGGGCCAACUUGUUGUGGACAAAGACUUCAGGCAGCAGCAAGUGGGCGUUGCACAAACCUUCGCAUACUGCACCUAUUGCCAUCCGCAGCACGAGAAGCUCAACGGGACAUGCCACAAGUGCCCCGUGCACCAGGCGUGGUCCGGAGGAGAAGGAGAGCGGUGCAAGCUCUGGCCAACCUCCGUGAGCGUGCGCUGGUCACUGCUGCUUGCUUCGGCGGCCUUCGUGCUGCUGGCAGCUGGCGCCUUGGAGAUCCUCUGGGCGCCUCUGGCCAUCGUGGAUGCCCACACGCUGGAGGGCAAGGGCAAGGACUUCGUGAUCACUGUGCAGGGCCCCAUUUGCCAGCUGCCCAAGAAGCUAGCUCAGUGGGUGCACCGCAGCGUUGCCUACAGAUUUGAGGACACAGGGCUUCACUGGUUGCAGGCCGAAACAAAAGAUUCUCCCCCGAAGCUGCUGAGCCUUGGGCAUGCCAAGCUACAGCUCCCACAGCAGCUACAGCCACCUUUCACGUGCGCCACCAGCCGUGGCUUCCUGCAGGCAGCCGACUACCGGUGGCUGCUCUUCCGGCUUUGGCUCCUUUUCUUAUUGGUCAUCCCGGUCCCUACCGCCAUAGUUGUGGCCGUCCUGUCGGGCAACCGCGUGCAGCACGUGCUGGUGACGAUCAUGGCCUUUGCCCUGCCCCUGGCGCUGCUUGCGGCGGCCCUUCACCCGGCCUCAGCGUGGCUGCUCCGCCGGCAGCGCACGCCCCUGCAGGACGCUCACCAGGAGUACCUGAGCAAGAUACGUCUUGCUGGGCCGUCUGUGGAACGGCGAGACCAUCCGAAGGAUCACGGCAUCGCCGCAGACGCCUUGUUCGAGUUCUGGGAGCACUUCCAGCGCUUCUUGCUGGACCGCAACAUGCAUUUUGUGGUUUCCAACAUCGUCCUACCACUGACAGCCAAGAGAAAAGUGUCCUUCGUAGACCUCCUGGGCAGCCGCCGCGUCGAUUUUUUCGUGUCCCACAGCUGGGGGACGCCGUUUCAGCAUUUCGUGAAAUGCAUACGACGCCAUGCAAGCUUUGCGAGGGCACCUGAUGCUGCGUAUUGGAUAUGUUCUCUUGCCAACAAUCAGUGGGACGUUGAGGGCGCCCUUGGAACAGAUGUCAUGGAGAGCGCCUUUGCCCGUGUACUUCUGGCAGGUGUCCGGGGCGUCGUCAUG